AUGCGCUUCAACGUUAUCGGCCUCUCGGCCCUUCUGGCAAUGACUGCCUCCGCCCGCCCUGUCGCCGUUCCUGAUGUCCACUACGUCGAGGAGACCGUCUGGGAGACUGUUUAUGAAACCGUCUACCAGACCGCCAAUGCCAUCAGUGCGCCUACCAACCUUCCCGUCCAGGAAGUCGCCAUUCCUUCCGCCACCUCCUCUGUCAUUUCCUCGACUUGGACUCCCGCUGUCGUCCCAACCACCAGCGUCCCGAGUCUGAGCAUCCCCAGCACCAGCGUCCCCACCGUUGUGCCAACCGUCGUGCCCACUACCACCAGCGCUCCCUCAAGCACCACCAGCGCCCCGUCCAGCACCAGCAGCAGCCCCGCCGCCACCGGCAGCGGUGUCUCCAUCGUCAACAACCUCCCGGACACCGUCUACCUGUGGGUCGUGACCGAGACCGCCGGUGAAAUGCAGACCCUGGCAUCCGGCGAGUCCUUCCACGACACCUGGCUCACCAACUCCAACGGUGGCGGUAUCUCCAUCAAGAUGUCGACCACGGAGAUCUGCGACAGCGUGCUGCAGUUCGAGUACACCAAGUCCGGUAACAUGCUCUUCUGGGAUAUGUCCUCCAUCAACUUGCUCAAGACCUCGGCGUUCGUAAGCGCUGGAUUCGCUGUCACGGUCAGCGAUGCGUCCUGUCCCACAUCUACCUGCGCUGCUGGUGAUGCCGACUGCGUCCAGUCCUACCAGCACCCUGACGAUGUCAAUACCUUGGCUUGCGGUAUCGAUGCCGCCUACACUCUCACUCUGGGUUAG